AUGCCUGGGCAGGACGGGAACGUGCCACUGCAUGUUACGCGGCCGCAUGUGACGACGCCCAGCACAGCGAAGGCGAGCCACGACAGGCGGAAGCAGCCCGCGAACUUUGCGUGUCCGGUGCCGGGGUGCGGGAGCACGUUCACGAGGCAUUUCAACUUGAAGGGCCACCUGCGCUCGCACGCGGAAGAGAAGCCGUAUCAGUGCAAGUGGCCAGGGUGCGGCAAGGGCUUCGCACGGCAGCAUGACUGCAAGCGGCACGAGCAGCUCCACCUCAACAUCCGUCCCUACCCAUGUGAGGGCUGCAAGAAGAACUUUGCGCGCAUGGACGCGCUCAACCGGCAUCUGCGCUCCGAAGGCGGCGCGGAAUGCCGGCGGGUCCAGGAGGAGCUCGUGCCCGGCGGCGCAGAGGGCUCGGCGCCGCCGUCGGGCGAGGUCAAGCCCGACCCGGACGGCGCGUGGUCGAACGGGGGCAUGAUGAUGUAG